AUGUCCAACCUCGAAGAACUCGAUAAGACUGGUGUCUACAAGCUGGAGACACCGACUCUUGAUGAGACUCUAAACGAAAAAGACAAUGGAGCGCCGCAAGAUUGGUACGAGCGCCUGAAAGACGAGUACAGCGGCCACCAUGAGUUGGAAUCACUUCCUCCAGGCUGCGAUCCCGAUCGAUUCGCUGUCGCCAUUUUCACCAUGGACGAGAAUCAAUCCGCAGAGUGUCUGGCCAACAUCCUCAACAACCUGCACAACGAUUACACUUUCGACUUGACCCAAGUCGCCAGGAUGAGGGAACUCAUCGCCGGUCCCGAAUCUUGUGGUUUGGCUCAUGAGGAAUGGGCCUAUCAAGUCUGCAAGAUGGCGGGAAUCUUUCACAACUGGUCAGCUUACCUCGAAGUUCGAGCCGUUACACUGCCGUACGACAACGUAGAGGAGCCAUGCGAAACUUUUCGAGCCUACCUCGUGGGAUUUUUCUGGGUCCUCGUCAUGACAGCCGUUAACACCUUCUUUGCGCCGCGUCAACCUGGUAUUGGUAUUCCGAACCAAGUCGCUCAGCUACUCUGUGUUCCCAUGGGUCGAGGUCUCGCCACGAUCUUACCUAAAUGGGGCUUCAGCAUUCGGGGACACCGAUACGAGAUCAACUCUCACCAUCCCUGGUCAGCGAAAGAGCAGCUGUUCACCACCAUCAUCUUCUCAGGCUCUACUAGUUACGGAAACUUUACCGGACUGUUAGAUAUGCGAAUGCCCAUCUUUUUCGGUCAAAAGUGGGCGACCUACGGGUUCUGUCUCUUGGUGGCGGUUUCCAACCAAUGUUUCGGCAUGGGAAUGGCGGGGAUUCUACGACGUCUGACCGUGUACCCUACUGAGGCCGUGUGGCCCGGCAACUUACCUACAAUUGCCUUGACUCGAGCUCUUGUUAGCGGAGAGAACAAGAACGAGGUGAUCAACGGAUGGAAAUUACGACGACUCCACAUGUUUGGAAUCGUGGCGGUCAUCUUUGGCAUCUACUACUGGAUCCCAAACGAGCUCUUUGGCGCUAUCAGAAAUUUCAACUGGAUGACCUGGAUCUCUCCUCAGAACUUCACUCUGGCAGUCGUCACGGGAGGUUUCGGUGGGCUUGGAUUCAAUCCCAUCUCCUCAUUGGACCCCUCUACUUUUGGAUUCCUCGGAGGAGGACAAGGAAUGUCCGCCCCGUUCUUCGCUCAGUUGCAGCAAUAUGUACUUCGAAUCUUCGGCGGAAUUGUUAUCCUCGCGCUAUACUUUUCGAACUCGAUGUGGGGUGCCUACCUACCGAUCAAUUCGAACGGAGUGUUUGACAACAAGGGUCAAAAUUACAACUAUACCAAGGUCAUCAACGCUGACUCCACAGUGAACCUUGAUGGAUACAAAGAUUAUGGACCCCCUUACUACACCACCUCCAACCUUUUCGUUACUGGUGGCAACUUUGUUUACUACACCUUCUCUAUCGUUUACGUCUUUGUCAAGUACAGAUACGCGCUCAAGAAAUGUUUCGUCGGCAUGGUCGUCAACACAUGGAAGAGACGAUCGAUCUACACCGGUUUCACAGAUGGUGCCACACGCAUGAUGCGAAAGUAUCCAGAAGUACCGGAAUGGUGGUACUCCAUCCUCUUCGCCUGUGGAUUCGUCACUUCCAUCUGCUCAGUUGCCGCUUUCCCAACAACAACACCGUGGUGGAGUAUCUUUGGCCUCGUCGGUGUAGGUUUCGUCCUCACCAUUCCUUACACCAUCAUUCAGUCCGUCGCAAAUACCGGAAUCAACCUUGGUGUGAUCUGGCAAGUCUUGCCUGGCGUUUGGUUCCCUGGAAAGCCAAUCGCACAGCUGAUGCUCCUCAUGUAUGGAGGUGCCUUUGAGCAAGAAGCUGGUGGAUUCACUGCCGAUCUCAAAUACGCCAUGUACGCUCGUAUCCCACCCCGUGCCAUAUUCCGAGGUCACCUUGUCGCCCAAGUAGUCAACUGUAUCAUUUACGUGGCCAUGAUCGACGUCAUGCUCGCUUAUGCCAAUGCGACCGGGACAUUGUGCCAGUAUGACAACCCACAAUUCAUGGUCUGCGCGUAUGCGCAUUCGGUCUACUCUUCCACCAUCGCUUUCGGAGCGUUUGGAACCAACAACAUGUUCAAGCUUUACCCUGUCAUUCCUUACUGCUUCGUCAUCGGAGCCGUGCUUGGAGUCAUGUGGAUCGUUGGCGAAAGCUACGGACCUAAGAUCCACGUCUUCCUCGAGAAGAGGAUGCACGCCAGGUCAUUCACCUCAUUCGACAGAUACGUUUGGACUCCUUGCGGCAAUGUCUUGGCUUAUGUUCACCCGGCCAUCGCCAUCAAUGGAAUGUUACAAUGGAGUGGUAACAACGGCUUGACUCAAGCCACCCAAGGAAUCAUGUUGACAUGGUUCUUCCAAUUCUGGCUCAAGAGACGAUACAGUGCCUUCUGGCAAAAAUACGCUUACCUUAUCUGGGCUGGUAUGGCCGUAGGAGCUACCAUUUCUGGGUUGAUCAUCACCUUGGUCUUCAGUUUCGGAGCCGGAUCUGGAAAAGAACUCAAAUGGUGGGGGAAUGAAGUUCAGAAGGAUGGGAUUGAUUACGCACUCUACAACAACAAGGGAUCUUACUUGCCAUUACCAGAGAGAGGCUACUUUGGUCUCGAGCCACAGGACUUUCCGACUAACUGGUAG